AUGGCUACAAUAGUAGAGAGGACUUCAGAGGGGAUCAUCUAUAGGGCUUCUAAGACGUAUCCUAUUCCGGAUGUUGAUAUCCUGACGCUCCUAUUUGACCACUCCUUAGCUAAACCCGACACCGAAAUUCACGUCUCCGCCGCAGACCCCACCCUCUCUCUAACCGUCUCCCGAGCGCGCACCCUCACAGAAGCAACUUCAUCAGCUCUCCGCAGGCACUUCGAGAUCGGGGCGAACGGGGGUGGCAAAGACAUUGUGUCCGUCAUUUCAACUGGCAAUUAUCUCCUCCCCGUGCUCUGCUAUGGCAUUCUUGGAGCCGGUGGCGUGUUUUCCGCUGCCUCAGCUGCGAGUACUGCUAGUGAGCUGUGCAAGCAAAUAGAGGGUGCCGAAAGUAGGAUUUUGUGCUCUGUCGAAGCGACUAGGGAUGUCGCUGUCAAGGCGGCUGAGAAGGCGGGCUGGGGACGGAAUGGUGGAGGGAGAGUGCUGGUGAUGAGCGAGGGAAGGGAGUGGAGUUUGAGGGCUGUCCAGGCGGAUGGGCAGCUAGGCCUGAAUCUAAUCGACGAGAGUCAGAGGUUGCCGUGGGAGAGAAUCACCGAUAGGGAGACGCUGGACAAUAGCCUGAUUAUCCUGAUCUACAGCUCCGGCACCACUGGACUGCCCAAGGGCGUGAAACUCUCCCACCGCAACGUAGUUGCUGAAGCAGUCAUCCCGGGCGACAUGUUCAAAUCUUGGAUAGCCUCGUCAAACCCCAACUUCGAAUACCGCACCCUCGCUCAUCUGCCCACCGCGCACAUAGCAGGCAUCCAAGGCUACCUCAUCAACCCUUUCUACAUGGGCGGCCCCGUGUACUGGAUGCCGCGCUUCUCGUUCCCGGAGUUCCUAGCGUAUAACAAGAAAUACCGCAUCACCUUCUUCUUCACCGUGCCUCCAAUCUACCUCCUGAUCGCGAAGAGCCCCGAAGUCACGGACCAAUUUAAGACGCUGGAGAUUGCAGUCAGCGGUGCGGCGCCGCUGGGGAAGGACCUGCAGCACGCGGCGAGCGCGAAGCUAGGCGGUCCAGACUGCUUCAUCAGCCAGACGUGGGGCUUGAGCGAGACGACGGGGAGUGCGACCGUAAUGCCAUUCGGGAUGACGGACGACACUGGAUCCGUCUCGCCACUCAUUCCCAACAUGCUAGCGCGCAUUGUAGACGACGAGGGGAAAGACGUCGAGCCCGGGAAGCCGGGCGAGGUGCUCGUCAAGGGCCCCGUGGUCUGCAAAGGAUACCACAAGAACGAGGCGGCGAACGCAGAGGCCUUUACCGGCGAGUGGUUCCACACCGGCGACGUCGCCGAGUUCCGCAACGGCCUGUUCUACAUCGUCGACCGCAAGAAGGAACUCAUCAAGUACAAGGGGCUGCAGGUCGCGCCUGCCGAGCUCGAAGCGCUGCUCGUUAAUCACCCGGAUAUCCUCGACGCUGCGGUCAUCGGCGUGGAGACGGAGGACGGGCAUAAUGAGGUGCCGCGGGCGUAUGUGGUGGCGGGCACGAAGAAGAUUUCUGAUAAGAAGAUUAUGCGGUAUGUGAGGGAGACUGUGGCGGGGCAUAAGCAGUUGAGGGGUGGUGUCGUGUUUGUGGAUGCGAUUCCGAAGAGUGCGAGUGGGAAGAUUUUGAGGAAGGAUUUGAGGGUGCGGGCGAGGAGGGAGAGGGGCGCGAGGUUGUAG